CGCCUCGGCGUGCGUCUCCUACGCGCCGCGUGUAUAUAUACAGGGGUCCAGCCGUCACCCAGACUCACUCCCUAACGCCUCACCGUGUCGAUGUUAGCCAUGACUGCUAGCUCGGUGAUGCCUCGCCGCCUAGCCUGCCUGUUCUUCCUCCUGUCGGUGGCGGGAGGAGGCUGGUGCCAGACGCUGCUCGACCCGGAACCACGCACCUGCCGAACCCAGAACACCGCCGCGGCUGCCGCUGGCACGGAAGGGCACCGCAACGAGUACCCGGCUGGCGGGGUGCUGAUGGUGCUGGCCAACGUGCCGGCCGGCCUCUUCGGCUCCCUCGAGGUGUUCCUGUGUCCCGACGGGGAGGCAAAAGUGGAGUGUCUGGACAGUGUGCCGCUGCAGCUGGCGGACGGCUCCGGCACCACCUUCGACCUGAGCAAGGUUACCGUGACCGACAAGUACGAGGUUCCGGUCAUUCUGCCUGAUGGCCUCACCUGCCCGACUUGCACCCUCCAGAUGCGCGUGGUGAGCCGCGGCUGUGAGGACGAGGCGGAGUGCCCCCCGACGGAGGAUGUCACCUGCGCCAACCUCACCGUCAGGGAGAUUAAGGUUGCUAAAAGGAGGUUCUUCCGUUGGAUUUACAAAAAAAUCAAAUCACUAAUAAAUUAAUCAAGUUAAGUGUCUCGUCAGCGCCGGGUCCGUCAGAGAAACCGGCGUGUCCCAAGGCCUAGAGGCGCGCCUCCACGCUGGCAGAGGGAGGUGCGUCAGACCCAGCGCCACCAAGAAAGUGUUCUCUAUUUUGCGUUGAAGGACUGAUAAAUUAAUUUUCUUAGUGAUUUAAUUAAACUAAAGCAUUUUGUCAGCCUUUGAAAUGAAUUAUGUAUUCCCUACUGUUUUCCCCUCUGAAAUAAAGCUUUGCAUGAAGAAAAGGUUUGUAUCG